UAGCUAGUGCUUUCACUGCUGCCCACACAGCUGCCCACACAUUACUGUAGCUGUAUUAUUCUUCUCUCUGGGCAAGCUAACUGUACUGCUGGGGAUGAAUAUUAUAGGGCUGUUCGCUUUUUAAAAAGUUGGACAGGGAGAGUUGUAGCUUGCAGCUGUGUCAUCGUUUAACCAUUAAACCAUAGUGGCCACCCCCUGUUUGAUUCCAGUUCCAUCGUUGACUUUGUUCUUCUCAUUAAUGUCUGACCACUGGGACUUUGACUGAGCCAGCAGCACAGGAGAUUCUGUCUUAGUUGUGUUCUUCUCCAUAGAGGAUGUUGGUGAGGAUCCUGGUUCUGCUCUACCUGGCGGGGGCACCAGCCCUAGCACAAACCCUCUGCCAGCCUAAUGCAUCAAAUGGCUGCAGAGUGCGAAUCAGCAUCAAAACUGCUUUGGGAAAUCAGGCUUAUGAAUGGAAUGAGAAUGAAAUUUUCCUUUUCCGAGCAACUAUGGCCUUUGCCAUGAGGAGGUACUACAAAACAGAAACGUACAAUGUCGACAACAUUAUCAUGUGUAAUCAGACUCUGAGGGUGUCCUUCUGGUUUGUGGUGACGUCACCUGAAAACUCCACCAUGCUUAUUCCUAAGGCAGAUGUGGAGAAAGCUGUGAGGAUGUCAAGGCAUCGCAUCAACAACGCCUUCCUCCUGACAGAUAGGACCCUGGAGUUUCUGGGCAUCCACCCCACACUAGCAGCGCCAGUCAACCCUGACACCCCUCCCUGGCUCAUCGUGUUUGGAGUGGUCAUAGGGGCUGUGUUUGCUGGAAUCAUCGCCCUGCUCGUAUCCUCUCUGCUUCAAAAGAGACGGAAAGAGAAAGGGAUGAUGGAGGAUGGACAGGAUGAAGAGGACAGGCAGAUGAAAGGAGUGGAAAAUGACAACGUCCUGGACGGCAUCUACAACAGAGGAUUCACAGAUGAUGAUCGCUUCACAAAGCUGUAAAGGCUUCCCCUGUAAAAUGCUACCAAGCAAGCACAGGAUGGGCCAAGAGACAUUAAAAACCAUUACAAAUAGACUUUUAUGCACUGUGUCUACAGUUUAAAACUGCAUUUGCUGUUUAUUUUGGUUGUGUUUAAAACGAUUUUGUGCCCAAUAGAAAUAAAUAGUAAAUAAUGUAUUGUGUCAUUUUGGAGUCAUUUUUAUUGUAAAUAUGAAUAGAAUAUGUUUUUAAACACUUCUACAUUAUUGUGGAUGCUACCAUUUCUAUUGGGCACAAAAUAAUCUGAAAGACAACCAAAACAAACAGCAAAUGCAUUCAACAAGUUUGUAAAGUCACAAGCUUGAUGUAAUCAUUGCAUGCUAGGAAUAUGGGACCAAAAACAAAACUUUGGACUACUUUUAAUAAUACACAUAUAAGUGAAUUUGUCCCAAUACUUUUGGUCCCCUAAAAUGGGGGCGACUAUGUACAAAAAGUGCUGUAAUUUCUAAAUGGAUCACCCAAAAGUGAUGGAAAUACCCACACAUUAAAGCUGACAGUCUGCACUUUAA